AAACCGUCCCGAUCGCCGCCAAACUUCUCUCUCCUAGUCCCCUUGUCAUCCUCAUUCAACAGGUUGAUAUCCCCGUCUGGCGUUGAUCCGUGUACACCCGACUCAUUUUCAACAACCAAUUUACUGUCAAUUUUUCGUAUUUAAAACUUUAAAAUGGAAGGAUUCGACGAAGCUGAUGUCUAUUAUUCGUCAAAUCUCGAUACGGACCGGUCUUCGAAACCGAAUCUGAGGACGGAUUUACACGAAAUGAAGGCCAAGUUCAAAGAAUUUCUGAAGUUUUUCUCACACGGAAUCUUCUCUUACAAAUACAGGAAUCAAUUGAAAAACAACUACAAUUUACAAAAAUACUAUGUUGAAGUUUGUCUCGAGGAUAUUGCAACUUUUGACGCUGCUGUUUGUGCUCGGUUGAUGAAGGAGCCAGCCGAGUAUUUGCCAGUGUUUGAAGAGGCUGCAAAAGAAAUGGCAGACGAGUUGACGACUCCUAGACCAGAAGGUCAUGAAGAAAUGGAAGACGUUCAAGUAAUGUUGUACUCAGAAAGUGUCCCAGAUUCAUUAAGGAAGCUGAAGUCAUCGAUGGUUUCACAAAUUGUCAAAAUUCCUGGGAUUGUAAUUUCUGCUUCGGGGAUAAAAAGUAAGGCAACAUCGUUGACCCUGCAAUGCUCUUCUUGUGGAAAUACCAUUCCAAAAAUAUCCAUUAAGCCUGGGUUGGAAGGAUAUACACUGCCUCGUCGUUGCAUAUCUGAACAAAUUGGACAGUCUCAAUGCCCACUUGAUCCUUAUCAAAUUCGGACGACAAAUUGUCGGUGUGUGGAUUUUCAACUCCUUAAAUUGCAAGAGUUGUCAGAAUCUGUCCCUCAAGGGGAGCUUCCACGUCAUGUUCAACUAUACUGUGAUAGAUUUUUGUGUGACAGAGUAGUCCCCGGGAAUAAAGUACUCGUCGUUGGAAUUUAUUCAAUUAAAAAACAAAAACAAUUUAAGAGAGGUGGAGGCCCUAAGGACAAAAAUGUCGGCGUACGUUCCACAUACAUCCGUGUGAUCGGUGUCAGUGUUGAUAAUACUGGACAAGGAAGCCCUGGGUGUAUGUCAUUUACACCCGAGGAAGAAGACUUCUUUCGAAGGCUAGCUUCUUCGCCCAAUGUUUACGAUAGAAUAACAAAAUCCAUUGCGCCCAGUAUUUUCGGCUUUGAAGAUAUUAAAAAGGCAAUUGCCUGUUUAUUGUUUGGUGGCUCACGUAAAAAACUUCCCGAUGGUUUAAUCAGAAGGGGUGACAUCAACAUCCUUCUUUUAGGAGAUCCAGGAAUUGCAAAAUCUCAACUUUUAAAAUUUGUAGAACGUGUCAGUCCACUCGGUGUUUAUACCUCAGGUAAAGGCUCAUCUGCAGCCGGUCUCACAGCAUCCGUCGUAAGAGAUCCUCACACUAGAAAUUUUAUAGUUGAGGGUGGGGCUAUGGUUUUAGCUGAUGGCGGUGUUGUUUGCAUUGAUGAAUUUGAUAAAAUGAAAGAGGAUGACCGUGUCGCUAUUCAUGAAGCCAUGGAACAGCAAACCAUUUCCAUUGCCAAAGCUGGUGUAACGACAACGCUUAAUUCUCGCUGUUCAGUUUUGGCCGCAGCAAAUUCAGUAUUUGGAAGAUGGGAUGACUUAAAGGGUUCAGAAAACAUUGAUUUUAUGCCUACUAUUUUGUCUCGUUUUGAUAUGAUUUUUAUAAUAAAGGACACUUGCAAUGAAGCAAGAGAUAUCACAUUAGCUGAACAUAUUAUGAAUGUCCAUAUGAAAGCAUCAGAGAUAACUGGAGAACAAUCAGAUGGUGAAUUGUCUCUACAAAUGCUUAAAAAGUUCAUUAAUUAUUGUCGAAGGCGAUGUGGCCCAAGAUUGUCCCAACAAGCUGGUGAAAAGUUAAAAACUAAAUAUGUUCUUAUGAGAAGUGGAACUCAUAAACACGAAAUGGAAAGUUCUGCUAAAGCUCUUUCUAUUCCUAUAACUGUCAGACAACUGGAAGCUAUAAUUCGUAUUUCUGAAUCGCUUGCAAAACUUGAAUUGCAGCCGUUCGCUACAGAAAAGCAUGUCAAUGAAGCAUUAAGGCUGUUCAACGUUUCCACUUUAGAUGCUGCACUUUCUGGAACUUUGGCAGGUUCACCUGAAUUUACUUCUUCUGGAGAUUAUGAAAAAAUGGUACAAAUAGAGAAACAACUCAAGAAGAGAUUCCCCGUCGGAAUUCAAGUUUCGGAACAAACUAUAAUCAAUGAUUUUCAAAAACAAGAUUACAGUGAGCAGUGUAUUAGAAAGGUGCUUGAAAUCAUGAUAAGAAGAGGUGAACUAAUACACAGAGUACAGAGGAAGUUUCUUUUGCGUCUUCGGUGGGGUAUUGUUGAUUGGCUCUGGAGGUUUUGGAUACCUUCAUCGUGUUGCGUUUUACGCCAGACAGAAAAGAAGAUACUUGCAAGUUUGAAAACAUCCUAUAAAGGAUUUUAUGUAGAUAUAGGACCAGUUGUGGGAAAUUGCGACAAAGUAUGGACAAUAGCUUUAAAUUCAAGUUCAACAAGAGUACCAUUAGUUUUACUCCAUGGACUCGGAUCUGGGGUCGCCCUUUGGUGUUUAAACUUAGACUCACUUGCUGGUGACAGGCCUGUUUAUGCAAUUGAUUUACUUGGUUUUGGUCGAAGUUCACGGCCUUUAUUUUCAUCAGAUGGUUUGAAAGCUGAAGAACAAUUUAUUUUGUCAAUUGAAGAAUGGAGGAAAGAGAUGAGGAUAGAAAGAAUGAUUAUAUUAGGCCAUAAUAUGGGAGGGUUUUUGGCGAUGGUCUAUGCUUUAAAGUAUCCAGAAAGGGUAAUACACCUAAUAGUUGCGGACUUAUGGGGUUUCCCAGAAAAACCAAAAAACGAUGGAACCAUGAAUGAAUCAUUGUUUAACAAGCUUGUAACAUACAUGUCCAUUCCUCUUAAUCCUCUUUUCGCUUUGAGAGCAGCAGGUCCAUUUGGUGAUUGGCUUAUAAAAAAAGCAAAGCCAGAUUUCGUCAAAAGAUUUGCAUCAGCUCUUGACAACGAUCCUGGAGCGAUAUCGCAGUAUAUUUUCCAAUGUAACGCUCAACCUCCUACUGGAGAGGCUGCUUUUAAAACUAUGACGCACGACACUGGCUGGGCGAAAUACCCGUUGAUCAAUCGAAUCGACAAUUUAGAUUUAAGAAUACCCAUUACCAUUCUUAACGGAUCAAGAUCGUGGAUUGAUUACACGACCGGAGAUAAAAUCAGGGAGAAAAGAAGCAUCUAUUCUUGUGUCAAUAUUCAGGUAAUUUCAGGGGCAGGAAAUCACUUGUAUGCAGAUAAAAGUGAGAUUUUCAAUCGAUACGUAAUAGAAGCCUGCAAUCGUUCAGACUAAAGGCCACAAUCGAUAAAUACAUCCAAAAUUAUUGUA